UUCCGGUUUAGUAUUUAAGUCUUCUCGAUGUGAUCAGUCCGGAGAGUCGAUAUGGCAUCGCAGAGCACCGCAUCCAUGGCGGCUCGCUCUCUCUUCCGUGCUUUCAAAUGUCAGUUCAAGAACGGUGCGAUCGGCAACUGCGUUAGAAAUUCGGAAACCUCGCGAUUUCCCAAGUUCUACACUGCAGAUGCAGCGAUCGGCCGCGCGCGUGUCGAGGAAUCGGUAGAAUCGGGGGAGAAGGACGAUUUGAAGAGCAAGAUCUUCAGGUUGAGGCUUCCGAAGCGGAGCGCGACUACCGUACUCGAGAAAUGGGCCGGCGCGGGCAAUCGGAUUACUGCCGAUGAACUUCGGGAGAUCUCCAGAGAACUUCGGAGAACAAAUCGUUACAAGCAUGCUCUCGAGAUUUCGGAAUGGAUGGUUCAGCACGAAGAGUCUGAGAUGUCGGAUAAGGACUAUGCUGUGCGCAUUGAUCUUAUGUCCAAAGUUUUUGGGAUCGAUGCAGCUGAACGUUACUUCCAAGGUCUGCACCCAUCUGCAAAAUCAGGUGAAACCUAUACGGCUCUCCUGCAUGCUUUCGCUGGCUCGAAACAAACUGAACGUGCUGAGUACUUGUUCGAGAAAAUCAAAGAGGCUGAAAACGUCGCUUUCACUGCCAUCACAUACAACGAGAUGAUGACUUUGUACAUGUCAGUCGGCCUGGUGGAGAAGGUACCUGGAGUGAUUGAAGAGCUAAAACGGAAAAGGGUUUCUCCAGAUAUCUUUACAUACAAUCUCUGGAUAAGUUCAUGUGCUGCGACCCUUAACUUUGACGAAGUUGGAAGGAUUCUAGAUGAGAUGAGAAGGGGUGCUAAUUCCAAGGACGGCUGGGUACGAUACAUCAAUCUUGCUAAUAUAUACAUAAGCAGUGGUAGAUUUGCUAAUGCGGUAUCGAGCUCUCCCGUGGAAGCUGAGAAAGGUAUUUCACAAAGAGAGUGGAUAACGUAUGACUUUCUUAUAAUUCUGCACACGGGAUUAGGGAACAAGGACAUGAUCGAUCAGAUAUGGCAGUCAUUGAGAAGGACAAACCAGAAAAUGACGAGCAGGAGCUACAUUUGCGUUCUUUCUUCAUAUGUGAUGCUCGGGCACUUGAAAGAAGCAGGGGAUGUUAUUGAUCAGUGGCAGCAGUGUAAAAUUGCAGAAUUUGACACCUCUGCCUGCAAGAGGAUCUUGGCAGCGUUUCGGGAUGUGGGGUUAGAGGGAAAAGCCAACGACUUUCACAUGCUUCUGGUCGAGAAGAAAUGCGGGUUGGAAAACGAGGCGGCAUAAGGGUGGAUGAAUUUGGCAGUGAUGGGUGAGGGCAGUGGUUUUCUUAGGGCAAACCCACAAGAAGGAACUCGACAAGUGAAAAGUUUAUGGCUUUGUUUUUUUGGUCUUUGCUUAGACUCGCAUUCACUUUAGUCUAUGCAAUGCCUUCAAACCUUUGCUUAUCUAUGUGCAUUUAAGUGGUACUAAUCUGGACAUUGUGGUAUUGAUCUGGAUCUGGAACUGGAUGUUGCAUAGGACAGAUUUACAGCACAACAAUGGGAAACACCCCAAAGUUUUGUCCUCUGAGAAGAUGAAAACAUGUGAUGAAAGCAAAAGAUGCAAAUCAAGCACGAAAGAGACGAGGGACCCAUGUAAAGGAAUCUUGGAUUCAGAUCCCCAAAACACAGUUUAGGCAAAGAUGAUCAUCCUAUGGCUCUCACAAUACAACUUGUCUUUCCAAUGUUUUGUUAAUGGACCAAUCUCUCUCUCUCUCUCUCUAACUAGCUAAUCACAACCCAUCUUCUGUUA